UAACCCUUGAACACCACGAAAUAAAAAACCCUUGCCCACGGAAAAAUUGAACAGGAACGAAAGUUAUAAGUCUACCGUUGGAAAGGUUCUGUGUUCAUCACAAAACUUAGCGCCUCUGCCGAUUAACACUACUACUACCGCUGCCUCUUACCCAGCAAUCAUGGCAGACAACGAGGACAAGAAGGAGGAGAUUGGAGAAUUCUCCACUUUCGAUCCUAGCAAAAAGAAGAAGAAGAAGAAGGUUGUCAUCCAGGACCUCUUAGAUGACUCUGAGGAGAAAUUGACUGAGAAAGUUGAAAGUCUUACGGUUUCUGAUGGCCUUGAAAGUACAUUUUCUGGUUUGAAAAAGAAGAAGAAGAAGCCAGUUGAAACUAGCACUUUGAUUGAUGAGGUUGGUAGUGAUGCAGUGGAAGAGUUGGAAAGUGAAGAUCUUGUUCAUGUUGACGAAGAAGAAGAAGGAGAUCUACCUCCACGCUAUCCUUGGGAAGGGAGUGAUCGCAAUUAUGAAUAUGAGGAGCUUCUUGGUAGGGUGUUUAACAUCCUUCGAGAGAAUAAUCCUGAGCUGGCAGGGGACAGGCGUAGGACAGUUAUGAGGCCUCCACAAGUACUUCGUGAAGGAACAAAGAAAACUGUCUUUGUGAAUUUCAUGGAUCUCUGCAAAUCAAUGCAUCGACAACCAGAUCAUGUCAUGACUUUCUUGCUUGCUGAAUUGGGAACAAACGGAUCACUUGAUGGACAGCAAAGAUUGGUUGUGAAGGGAAGAUUUGCACCCAAGAAUUUUGAAGGAAUUCUAAGGCGAUAUAUCAAUGAGUAUGUCAUCUGCGUUGGAUGCAAAAGUCCUGACACAAUUCUUUCAAAGGAGAAUCGUCUCUUCUUCCUUAGAUGUGAGAAGUGCGGUUCUGGCCGAUCAGUUGCCCCAAUUAAAGCUGGUUUCGUUGCUCGUGUUGGUCGUAGGAAAGCUGAAACAUGAUCAAGCUCAGUCCCCUUUCGUCUUGGAAACCCUCUCCGGGUGGUUUACUAAUUGUCAGUUCAUAUUUUGUUGUCUUUUCUUUUAAUUACUCUUUAGUAUCCACUUGUCAACUCUGGUUUGAUUUGAGCCGCAACUUGAAAGAUAUGUAUCAGUUUUGUUUUUUAAA